AUGGCAUCCACGAAAUCCUUUCGCCACCUGCUUCUGCUCUUCGCCGUCGCCCUCCUCUCCCUCUUCCACCGAGUCGUCGCCGCCGCCCGACACCUGCUCUCCUUCGUCUCCCUGGCCGUCACGCUCGACCUCGGCGACACGUCGCUGCACAUCUGGGGCCCCAACCCCCGUCGCGCUAGCCGAAAGCCUGCCCUCCUCCUCAUUCACGGCUUCGGAGGCAACUCAAAGUGGCAAUGGGAGCGCCAGAUCGGGGCCCUAUCCCGCUCCUUCGAUCUCUAUAUCCCGGACCUCCUCUUCUUCGGCAGAUCUCGUUCCUCCUGCGCCGACCGUUCCGUGGGCUACCAGGCGCGGUGUGUCGCGGAGGCGAUGCGCCUCCUCGGGGUCGCCCGGUACUCCGUGAUGGGGAUCAGCUACGGCGGGUUCGUGGCGUUCCGCCUGGCGGAGAUGGAGGCGGAGUCGGUGGAGCGCGUGGCGAUUCUCACCGCUGGAAUCUACAUGUCGCCGGAGCAGUUGAGGGUGAUGUCUGCAAAAGAGAAGAGAGACGUGUGUGAGCUGCUGCUGCCGCAGAAGGCGGACGAUCUGAGGGCCCUCGUCAGCCGGUCCAUGUCAGCCCCGGAUUCAGUAACUGUUGUAGGAUAUCCACUUGGUGGAGAUACAAUCUCUGUGACAAAGGGUGUGGUAUCACGAAUUGAGGUUAGUAUGCUCAUGGAUCCUCUGAUCUGCUUGGAAACAGUGGUAGUCCUGCCUUCAAUGAUCGUGGUGAGUGUAUUGGUGUGGGAUUCCAGAUUAACUUUGUCCCAGAAUAAUGUUUAA